CGUCCGGGUUUGUUGAUGUCAACACGAUCAGCUGUUGUUGACGGGAGUGACCCCGCGGCGACGGUCUCGGCCCCAGGCCACCCGGGGGUAGCAAUAGUCUGGUUACUGGCCCUGGAGUCGGCUUUGCACGAAGGUGUCGAUGACCACGAGCUCAUUGGCAUCACCAGGGGCCGAGUUCUUCCCGAGGAGCAUCGAGCACAGAUAUGGUACACCUGUCUUGGAGGCGGCAACAAGUUUAGCAACUUCACACAAUUUGAUGAAAUCUUUGACUUGCAAGAGCAAAGUGUUGUGAGAGGAGACUGCAAGGCCCUUGUUGACAAACUAGGAAAUGAAGAGGAAGAUAAAGUAUCAGUGGUGUGCGAUGUGGAGUCCAUAUUCACUCACUACUGCAAAACUCGACACCUGAAAUACGAGUCGUCCUCGCUAUGGGCCGACAUUGUCUUGCCCCUCCUGGCUGGGAAGAUGCCCAGAGAUCACAUCUACAUGUGCUUUGAGGAAAUUCUUGAAAAAUAUGUACCAAGAGAGUCUGGUAUCGGAGGGCCAGUGUACCAUCUGCUGCGGCUACUGCUCCUCUAUCACGAUCCAGAGUUGUCAACUUUUCUAGAUUCGCGCAAAAUUACACCCGACCUCUAUGCCACAUCUUGGCUGCGAAGUCUGUUUAGUGCAGUUUGCAGCCUGGAUGCAACUAUGGCAGUGUGGGACAUAUACUUCCAGGAGAGAGAUCCCUUCUUUGUCCUCUUCCUUUCCCUUGUAAUCCUGAUCAAUGCAAGGGAGCAGAUCUUGGAGAUGAAGAGCGAGAGUAGAGAACAUAUCAUCACGACCUUGAGCGGGACGCCGGUGAGCCUAAGUGUGGACGAUGUGUCAGACUUCUGCUCCCUCGCCAGAUACUACAUCAUCAAAACGCCUGCUACUUUUAGAAAGGACUUUGCAACUGUGAUCUUCGGGUCGGUGUACAUGGGGCACGGGGAGGUGUGUAACAGAGUAGGGGACCUGCCCCUCUCCCAGGCCCUGUGUCUGCCAGUCUCCGCCGAGGAAAUAAUCGACACUUGCGACGUGAUUCAGGCAUCGCCCGAAGACAUUGAACAGGUUCGGUUUUUCCUUGUGGACUGUCGACCGUCCGAUCAGUAUAAUGCUGGUCAUCUUCCAAAUGCCUUUCAUCUAGACUCUAGCUUGAUGCUGCUUCAUCCGGCCUCCUUUCAAACUGCCGUCCAAGGACUGUUCAUGGCUCAGCGCCAGGCUGUGGCCUCGGAGACUCCCGGCUGUGGCCAGCACCUGUGCUUCAUCGGGUCGGGACGCGAGCAGGAAGAUCAGUAUGUACACAUGGUGGUGGCGUCCUUCCUGCAGCGCAACACACAAUACAUCAGUCUCGCCAAGGGAGGGUAUCAUGCCAUUCACGACCUCCUGGUACACAACAUCAACGAAAGCCUCACUGAUCACGACUGUAAGCACUGCCUAGUGUGCGCCCCAGACAACCACUCCCAUUGCUCGGAGCCAGCCGACCACGAAGACUUUACGGCCACACCCAAGCCACAGCCCUCGCUCAUGAACAAGUUUUCUUCUCUGUCGUCGGUGUUCAAACUGAGGUCUGUGGAAAUGAAGGAGAAGUUAGUGGAGUACAUCACCAACCCUAAUGGCGAGGGUUUGACCAUUGACCGUCAUGUGAAUGCCCAUGAUCGGGGGAAGCUCUACCGUAACCAGGGUGACGUCUUCAGCAUCGAGGAUGACGAUGGUGAACAUAACCGAGAAACAGAGCGGUUGGAAGUGGUGAAGCUGUCUCAGUGGCUAAAGAAACCCGAUGUGGUGUCGGCCUUUUCGUGUCACCAAGUUAAAGAAAAUGGAUACAUGUACAAUUGUCAUAAAAUUACUUCCCCAACAAUACUGUUUGUGGUCAGGAGCUCUGAAAAAAAAGAGGGAGACGGCUAUAUUACAGGAAAGAGAUGGUUGGCCUCCAUAGUAAAGAUUACCUCAAAGAAGAAGCAUCCUGACCUGAUCACCUUUAAAUACGGCACAACGUCACCCGAUGGAGAAGUUACGAUAUCAGAUAUGGACAGAUUCCUGAUUCCGAAGGCUAGCGAGGCAACCAGGCUGAUCAAGGAGCAGAUCAUGAAGCAGAUGGAGGCAUCCAAGACGUAGUGGGUGAUGACAUUGUUAAAGUGUUACACACUGUUGUGACUAGUCCACAGAGCAUGUGAUGAUUGGUCGAUACACAUUUGGGUUUGGGUCGACCUUGGGCCUGGGUGCUCGUCCAGUGUAUAACAUUGAUGGCAGUUUGGGACGGGAAAAUUUCUUACCCAUUUAUAUAUUGGCCGGGAGUUUUGUGUAUAUAGUGUUCGGCUCGUUCCACUUUCUUUGACCAAACUUGUAUUUGAUUACCAUUAUCCUGAGGUGAGAGUAGAUUGUGUAAAUAUAUGUAUAUGAUGCCAUAUUAGUUGAUGUGCUUCCUUGAUAGUUGUUGAAUGGAUUAUGAACACUUGUUGAUUGUCUGGUGUUUUGUUAUUGCAGAGAAUGUCACUAUAAUGUGACUGAAAAGUUAAUAGCCCGAUCCCCACACAAGUUAAGUGCCCGUGUUUUGAGUCGGCAACUUGGAGAGUCCAGGAUGGAUGGAAACGUCGCCACUUUUCUUUUUCGUGUGUGGGUCAGGUUAUUAAUUAUUUAUUAUUGCAUUCUAAGCCCAAACUCACAGUACUUACUAGAGAAAUAACCUUUUAACAUGACCUGGGUUACAUAAGGAUGCUCAUUUGACUUGAAAUAUUGAUGACUUUGCCCCCAAGUCAUGGGAAGCUUCACUCCAUCAGAUGCCCGACUGUCAAUGUGAUCAAUAUUGUGAUGUAAACUUAAAUGAUUAUAUAAAUCUGAAGUUGCAUUUUCUAUGUUUAAUGGCCUGAUAAGCACAAAAUACUUGCAAAUUGUAAGCAUUAAUAUUCUGUAAUGUGAUAAACAUUUUCCUGUACUGUAUGUGAACAGUUUGACACAAAAUGAAGCAUAUUUUAACACUUACAGUGGUACCUCCAUUUACGAAUGUAAUCCCUUCCCAGAGAUGGGUUGUAAUUUGAAAAUUCGUAACUCGAACCUAAUUUUCCCAUAAGAAAUAAUUUAAAUUGUAUUGAUCUGUUCCACGCUCCCAAAAAUAUUACCUUCAAAAUAAUUUCAUAUAUAAUACAGAUAUUUUGUACUAUAAUAUGUAAAAGUUCUAACUUACCUUUUAUUGAUGACUCUUGUUGGUGUAUGGAAGACGGUGAGGAUGGGGGGGGGGGUGGUGGUGAGGUGUUAGUUUGGAAGGGGAGUCCCCUUCCAUUAUAACAUCAGGCAGUGAUGAUUUCUGGGGGUAUGCACUCUCCUACGUUUUGCCUGCAUACCACUAGGACCUGGUUGUGGCUCACUGCUUGGUUUUCCUCGCUUAACACCUUUCCAUAGACUUGUUUUUCCUCUAUGGUCAUCCUCACGUGCGUUUUCUUAGGUUGACCCUUACUACAGCCUUACUUGGGACACAUGGUGUGGUAUAUAAUAAUUACUUUUAUGUUCAAAAACAAAAAAAGCACAAAAACAAUAAUUCUUUACAAAGAAUUAAAGAGCGAUCGUCACUAAGCGGGUGGUCUGGUAAACUGAAUCGGGGUCGCCCGUGCCAACUGGAACCACACGCUCCGUCGACCCAUACGUGUAUCAACAAAGUUGCAAGUCGGGGCAAAGGUUGUAAGUCGAGUUGAAUUUUCUGAAGAAAUUGGGGUUGUAACUCAAAAAAUUUGUAAGUUGGGGCAUUCAUAAGUAAAGAUUCCACUGUAAUUGACCAAAUGUAAACAAAGCUCUUUUUUUAUUAUUUAAUUUGAAAUUGAAAAAUUCUCAGUGAGAUGGUUAAGGAUUGGGUUAAAUAAUUGCUUAAAUAUUAAAUUUUCUUUUUAAGAAUGUUGUAAUGUGAAAGAAAAAUUUCCCUUUACUGUAUAUCAAAGUAGAAUUAUUAGAAAGUGUAAUUUCAUAGCAAUUAUUUUGUUAACCAAACCUGAGUGUGCUGCUGAUUGUAUCUUAUUUAACUUUAUAUUUGAUAUUGCACUAAAGUGUGUUGACUAAAAUAGUCUUGGUGCUUUGGCCAGACAUUGUUCCGUGACUGGAGAACUCCGCCAUGACAGAAGCACGUUUGAUUUCCUUACACUUUUGAUAUUUGGAGUGAUUAAGUCUUAAGGCAAUAAUACUGGAGAUAAAAACGUUGAUUUUCGAAACUUCUUUUCCAGAUCAUUUUUGAGAAAUGAAAGUUGGUGUAUUUUGUGAUUUAUAUACAGUCCUGACGUCCUUGUGUAGAUUGUCCAAUAAUUUAUCAAAGUAAUAAAUUUUUUUAAAUUA